AGUGGGUUAGCCGGUGGGGUUUACGGACUAUCAACUGGUGAAAGUGAGCGGAGUUGGAUGGAUGCGGAAGGGAUUUGUCUGAGUUCUUCAUAAACAAACUGUAUUUAAAAAAAAACAAAAAAACGAAACGCCGUGUUCUGCUUUAAAGGGAUCACGAUGCCUUUGUUUUCGGCGAAUCCGUUUGACCAGGAUGUGGAGAAGGCAACGAAUGAAAACAACACAGUAGAGGACUGGGGCCUUAUUAUGGACAUCUGUGAUCGUGUUGGAACGACACCUAAUGGAGCUAAAGAAUGUUUGAAAUCCAUCAUGAAGAGAGUAAACCACAAAGUUCCACAUGUUGCAAUGCAGGCUUUGAGUUUGCUGAGCGCCUGUAUUUCAAACUCUGGGAAGAUUUUUCACUUAGAAAUAUGUUCUCGAGACUUUUCCAGUGAGGUCCGGAGCAUAUUAAAUAAGGCUCAUCCAAAGGUUUGUGAGAAGCUGAAGGCGUUACUGGUGGAGUGUGCAGACGAGUUUCAGAAAGACCCCCAGCUCAGCCUCAUUGGUGCAACUAUCAAAUCGCUGAAGGAGGAGGGGGUGACUUUUCCUAGCUCUGGCUCACAGAGUACAGCUUCUACAAAGACUAGUACUCCUUCACCAAACAACAUUGCAGAUGAUGAUUUAGCAAAAGCUAUUGAGCUGUCCUUGCAGGAACAACAGCGUCAGCCAGAGACUCGACCGCUUGCUAUGCCAGCAGACCCACCCUUCAAUAACAAUAAAGACUCUCGAAAAGUCCGUGCCCUCUAUGACUUUGAGGCAGUGGAAGACAACGAACUCACGUUUAAAGCAGGAGAACUUCUCAUUGUUCAAGAUGACAGUGACCCAAACUGGUGGAAAGGAGAGAACCACAGAGGAGUUGGACUGUUUCCUUCUAACUUUGUAACAACUAACCUGAACGCAGAGCCUGAACCAGUGGUAUUUGUAGAGAAAACCAGCAUACCAGAAGAAACAAAACCAGAAACUAAAGAGGAACCUGAACCCAUUUUCAUAGAUGAGGAAAAGAUGGACCGAACCCAGCACUUACUCCAGAACACUGACCCUGCAGAUACACAGCCUGACUCUGCAGAAUUGAUACAUUUGGAAGACGUUUGUCAACAGAUGGGUCCAAUGAUUGAUGAAAAAUUAGAAGAGAUUGACAGAAAACAUUCAGAGUUAUCAGAAUUGAAUGUGAAAGUUCUGGAGGCCCUGGAACUUUACAACAAGCUAAUGCAUGAGACUCCAAUGUAUUCCGUCUAUUCUAAGAUGCAGCCUCAGGCACAUUACCCACAGACGUCAGCUGGUGUCCCAAUGCAGGCAUACCCUGGUGCGGCUCAAAGUGCAACUUACAUGGCUUCAGGCAUUCCUCAAAUGACUCACGGCCAGGGCUACAGUUUAGGACCUGACCAGAUUGGCCCUCUGAGGUCACUUCCUCCAACUGUUAAUUCAACAAGCCAGCCUGGCCAGACGCCAUACAUGAGCGCUGGUAUCAAUGCAGCUUAUAUGAACCAGGCCCCGGGUGGCCCCGCCUCUUACCCACAGCAAGUAGGAGUGGCCAUGGACAUGUCAUCCUAUCAGAACAGUAAUCCCAACAUGACUCAAGCAUCCAGCUAUCCAAUGGCAACUCAAGCUCAUCCCGCCCCACAGCAGCAAGCUAACUAUUACCAGCAACCUCUCCUUUAGACAACAACAAAAAAACUUUAGUGCAUUUCAUUGAAAGCAAUUAAAACAACAACAAAAAAAGUGAGAUCGCAUGGUUUUAAUCAUGGCAUUGAAAUAUUCCUGUUAUAGUUGGCAGAUCCUAGCACAUGACGUCAGUGUUGACAUUGAAAGUUAGUGAAAAGUUGUCUGUCUGAAGUCGGGAAUGAAAACCAGGUGCAGAAAGGCCCAUGCACAAUUAUGAGUCCCUGUUCAGUUUUUAAAUUAUUUUAAUUAAAAACGUUUAUUAAUUUGAAACCAAUAUCUCCCUAGGUUUCUCCUGCCAUUCUCAAAGCCUUCAUUGUGAAGGUAAAAGGCAUCUUAAACUAAAUGACCGCUGUCAAUCCUAAAGGCUUUGAAAAACAGCAGUCAAUCAAGUAACCAGACGAAUUGACUGUGGUCCACCCCCCCUCGUCCCCCACGCAUUGUUAAUAAGAACCAACCACUACUGUGACUUGUUGCAUUUUUGAGGCUCCACAUGUGUACCGUAGUUGCAUACAAUACGGCUUUUCAUUAACAAGUUAGCCGGUUGUGUCCCAAGAUUUCUGUUGAUUUUAUGUGCUUUCAGAAUUUCAACAUACCCAGUGACAUCGGGAUUGAAACGUGUGGUUAAAUUAACAGACCAGUUGCUGACCCUCCUUGAUAACAAAUUUAAUCAACUUUGCAAUCAUGAAGAUCUUAUAAUACCUGGCUGUCAGAAUGUCACAUAACUUUGAGAUAUUACAAUGAAGUGUACUUUCUUUUUCUGUUGUUGUGUUUUUUUUUUCUUCUUUGUGGCAAGAUUCACUUGGGUUAAUACACUUAAUCUGUGUCCUGUGUUAGCGCAUAAAGUAACUAUGUUAAGAAAUAUAGGUUUGGGUGCUUGUUAUUUUGUUUUGUUUUGUUAUCCAGAAUGUAUACCCUGUAAAAUCCUCUUCGAAAUAUCUUAUCUGAAUUAGAAGUGUAAAAGAUCUGUGCUCUCUGAUAAUCAUUCUACAGAAUUCCACCCUGUUGUGCAUGGUUUACUUCCAACUGUACAGAAGUGGAAUAUUGCACAACUGAUUUUCACAUUCAGCUGUUUACUUGUCUAUGUCUUGCAGCCAACCUUUCUACUGCCCUAAUUCUGUGCACUCUAGACACAUACUUUCACAUAUAGACAUCGGUAACUAGCAGUGGCAGGGCAUCUUUUUAUAAGCUGUUGCUGUCAUGGCCUAGAUAAUACAGCAUUGAAUGGGCAUGUUUGGUUAUAGAGUACACAUUUUGAUAUGCAAAGACUAGUUUACUCUGCACAGUGAGAUGGAAACUCUAGUUCUAAUGUUAAUUUUAAUAUUUGUAAAUGACAACUCGUGACAUAACUUUGUGUUCUUUUGAAAAAGAUAAAUACCUGUAUAUGUAAUUGCUUUACUGUCAGUAUGCAAAUCAGAACUGGAUUUAAUUUUAAAUCGGCACGCUCUUUCACUGGAAUAACAUUCCUCUUAUCCACAUUUAAUUUCAAGGAACACGAGUAAAUUGCAACAAAAAAUUGACAUGGGGGGGGGGGCGGGAUAUAUAUCAUUUGCCAAUACUUACUGUGGUAUUAUUGCCACCCAUUUUUGGAAAUUUGACUAUGAAAAGAACAUUGUGUUAUAGUUAACUUGGGGGAAAAUGUUCUUUUUUAGAGGCACCGAAGGAGGAGGUCUGCAAACAUGUUUCAAACACUGAUCGCAGUUGCUGUUAAAUUGUAGUAUGCUUUAUGUUCAUUUCGUCUGUCAUAUUUUAAUUAUAUAAAUUCUGAGAAACAUUUAUUUUCCUGACACAGUGAAGUCUUGUGCAUUAGAUUUAAGGUAUUCUACAUUGUUGUUAUUGCACCUUAUCUUUAUAUAGAUCUAUAAAAAAAUAUUUAAUAAUCUCAGCCACUGGCUGCCUUCCUUUCUUUUAAACAAGCAGAAGAGGGGUUCAUUUGAAAAGCUGCUGUAAAUGAUAAGCUAUGUCAUAUGUAGGGUUUCUUUUGGAAGUUUCUAUUCAGUGCUUGCACAUAUUCUUGUGAACCAUGUUUUAUAACAUUGAAAUUCUUAAUCUCUUGUUAUAUUUGCAUUGUACAAUGUUUCAUUUGUAAUUACUGGUAUAUACUAAGAAGCCUUUAAAAUAAAUGUCUCCUGUAUUAGCAGGUUGUUGUAAA